AUGGCUAACGAUGGAAAUGAUACUGGAUCAUCAUCCAAUGGAAUCGAUCCAAUGGAAAGGAUUGUGGAGAGAGCUAUUACCAGAGACUCAAACCCAUUACUGGUUGAAGCUUUGGUUAAAGAAAUGGAAAAGAUUUUUCAUGCCCUACCCUGCACAGAAGAACAAAAAGUAUCCUUCGCCACUUUCACUUUCAAGGAAAAUGCGCAUGAAUGGUGGCUCCUCACCUUAGAACAGGAAGAGAUCAUGACUUGGGAAAGAUUCCUAGAGGUGUUCUAUGAAAAGUAUUUUCCAGAAUCACUAUGGGAGCAGAAGGCAUCUGAGUACCAACAUUUGAGGCAAGGAACAAUGUCAGUGGCGAAAUAUGAAAGUAAGUUCACACAACUAGCACGAUUUGCAUCGUAUGUUAUUCCAACAGAAGCCCGAAAAGCAAGGAAAUUCGAAGCAAGAUUACAUGCAGAAAUCAAAGAUAGGCUCGAGGUUCUGAAACUACCAACCUAUGCAGAGGGGGUGGAUCGAGCAUAUAUCACUGAAAAAGGAAUUAAAAUUGCACGUUCCAGUGGAAUGGGUCAAAAGAGGCGGUUUUGGGAAUCAGUCUAA